CAUGCGCAGAAUCUUAUCAGUUACACAUAGUUUAGCUUGACCCGGACCACGGAGAACGGGUACAUUACCAACUCGAACAGUUCUUAGACUAGCCGCGUCGUACAUCCGAACUUCUCACGAGAUUUCGUACUAAAAUGUGUUUCAUCGGUAGCGAGUGCAUUAAAAGUUUUUAAGUGUAUUAUUAAGUGCAAAAUGAAGUUCAUAGUAGUGAUUUUUACGUUUUUAUUCUCGACCGUCAAUGCUUUAUCAUCGGAAGAGACAUUGGCAGUGACAGAUUCAUGUUGCACCCACGCGGAAGGCGCUGCGUUGCUGUCCACGGACUGUUCAGCUAUUCAGCCGCCUGAAGACAUAGAUGCUGAGCAAUUGCCUACCUGUAUAACGGCGCUAAAGGCAUGCUGCGAGAAACAGCACAAGGAAAAGGACGAAUGCUCUGCCGGGGUAAAGUUGGCGAGUUCGAAGAGAUGUAACAGCAUCGCUACCAACAUCGGACAGGCCUGCUGUGAGGAGUGUUCUAUUGGUCGCACCAUUGGAAAGACUCAAGGAUUGGAAGGUUGCGGUACGCCAGUUAAUGAGGAGUACAAUAGUCCAUCGACGAUUCUACGCAAGAAAGCUUUUCAUCAGUGUUGUUCGGCCGCUGCAAAUGAGCCAGAGACAACAGAAAAAGUUGAAACGACAACGCUACCAUCCACAACUACAUCGACAGCAAAGCCCAAGGUCAAAUGCACUAAAGAUUCCUGUGCGCAAAUCUGUGAGGUCGAGCAAGAGACCAUAAGAUGUUCGUGCCGUGAUGGAUUUAGGCUGCAUAGCGAUAAAAAGUCGUGCAAAGAUGUCAACGAAUGCGCCGAAGCCGAUGAUGACAUUUGCACAGAAGAAGGAUUCGUCUGUCACAACACUCCCGGCUCGUACAAGUGUGUUCCUCUCAAGCCGACAACCAAACGCGACGUGGGAUCAAAUUGCCCGCCGGGAUUCAAAAAGAAUGUUCUUAAUCAAGUCUGUGAUGAUAUAAAUGAAUGUCAGCUACCACGACCGCCGUGUCCGAAAUACCUUUGCGAGAAUACGAUAGGAGGCUACAAAUGCGCUGGAAAACCGGGCAAGCCAGUGAUAGAGUCGGCUCCUGGAGCACCCGAAGUGACGACGCCUGUGGCUCCAGUAAGAAAUGAAAUUUGCCCUCCAGGCUUCAGAGCUGGACCAGACGACGAAUGUAUCGACAUCGACGAAUGCGAGGAGAGUUUGGAUGACUGUCAAAGACUUUCUCAACACUGUAUAAACACUCAUGGUAGUUUCUUCUGUCAAGAUCACGUUUCCAAGAGGUGUGCUCCAGGGUUUAAGGUUAAUACCUCUACAGGAAUUUGUGAAGAUAUCGAUGAAUGUGAAGAAAGCACUGAAGUGUGUAAGAGGACUGAAAUAUGCGUUAAUUUACCCGGUGCAUACAAUUGCAAAUCAAAGAUCAGCUCUCUUCCCAAACUCGCCAAAACCAAGUGUCAAGAAGGAAUGAGACUGCGGCCAGGUGGAACGGUUUGCGAAGAUAUCGACGAGUGUCGCGAAGGAACGCAUCUUUGUGAUGAAUUUCAAAAUUGUAUCAAUACUUACGGCGCGCAUGAGUGUCGCUGCAAGAAUGGUUUCGAGUUAGAUUCCCUUUUGGAAUCCUGUGUGGACAUCGACGAGUGUGCGUUGAAGCUAGACAACUGCGGUCCACGCCUGCACUGUCUCAAUGUUCUUGGUUCAUUUACGUGUACUUAUCGCCAACCAUCCACUACCUCCACCACACCGGUACCGCCGCUAUAUGAAUACGAAUAUUACGAUUCGGAGGAUGACAAUGAAACUGCUCCAGAAAUCGCAGCAACAACAUCAACUACCAGACCAACCUAUCCAACUCAAAGAACAACGACAUCAACACAGAGAACAACAACAUCAACACAGAGAACAACAACAUCUACACCAAGAACAACCACAUCGACCCAAAGAACAACUACUUCAACUACUAAGCCUACAACAUUAACAACACGACGAUCUCGCCCAUACUAUCCAUAUUAUGAUAGACCAAGAUAUACGACUUCAACAAAAAGACCUUCAUACCCGUAUAAUCGUAGACCGAGCACUCCUAGUCGGGUAGAACCAACCACACCAAAAAAACCAGAAGUUACAUCGAGCACAGAAGUUUCUCGACGACCAGACUACAAUCCCAGUAGAUCAGAUUACACACCGAGAAGACCGGAAAUAACAACGCCGAUUAAACCAGAAACUACUACAGAGGUGUUUCGAAGACCUACUCAUAGCCCUAGUAGACCAGACAAUUCUAGAAGACCUUCGCCGUUUAGACCUGGAUAUGUCACGGGUAUGACAAGGCCAAAAGACCCUAUAACUAUUGAAAAAGAAAGAGAAGAUGAUGGCGGUAUCGAACUGGAUACAAACACAAUUCCUAAAGAAACUUGGACAAAUGUUAUUGGAAGGGACAAGCCAGAAGCUACCGAUACACCAGCGUUUGACCCUAACGAAGUACAUUGUUUAAACGGAUAUGAAAAAGACUUCUUUGGCAAUUGUGUUGAUAUAAAUGAAUGUGAAAGAAGUCAUAUCUGCAGUAACUUAGAGGACUGCAUAAAUAAAGCAGGCGGCUAUCGCUGCGACUGUAUUGCCGGCUUUAAAAGAAACCAGCAAGGAUGGUGCAUACCCAUUCCACCUCCCACUACAACCAGCACUACUUCAACAACGACCAGUACUACCACUCCAAGGACUAUUUCUGUAUCUUUACCAGAGUGGCAGUAUACUCCACCUCGGUCCAGAGGCAGAUAUCCAUCGAUUGCUUGUGAACUGGGAUACACCUAUGACACGAAGUAUGGAAAGUGUGUUGAUAUCGACGAAUGCGCGACUAACAAAGCAACGUGCUCUCGAAAUGAGGAGUGUGUUAACAUCGACGGAGGUUUCCGCUGUGUGUGUGGAUGGCGAUGCCGAGCUGAAAACGAAAAACCUACCGCAGAUCCGUCUUUAGUGCCGGCUUCACCCAUAUCACCGAUUGCCCCACACCCACCACCUCCGUCGUACUCGCCGUCUGAGCCCCGCUACCCCGACAAUACCAACGUGAUCACGGUGGGUGCGCAAUACGGUCAGCGCGGGCCCUGGUCUCUGAGACCUAGCUUCACCCGCUUCUCGGACCGUGGAGCUGUGGUAUCAUCGUGUCCUUGGGGCUAUAAAGUAACACAGGAUAAGCGGUGUGUAGACAUCGAUGAGUGCGCAAAGAAUACAUCAGAGUGUGGUCCGCUGCAACGGUGCGAAAACUUCUACGGCGGAUAUUCUUGCCAGUGUCCAGCCGGUCACCGCCUUGUUGGACAGAACGGGUGUGAUGACAUCGACGAAUGCAGACAUGGCAAUCCGUGCUCAUCGUACUCCCGAUGCAAGAACACAGUUGGUUCGUACCGGUGCGAAUGCGACGAAGGCUUCCGCAAUGCAGCCUCGAAUGACAAGGUCUGCGUGGACGUAGACGAGUGCAGCGAGAGUCCGAACGUCUGCCAGCACGGAUGCGCCAACACAUGGGGCGGAUAUCGGUGCUACUGCAAGCGGGGCUAUCGAGUGGGCAACGAUAAUAGGACAUGCGUGGACGUAAACGAAUGCGAAGAGUGGACGUCUGUCCGUAUUAGAGGGAAAUUGUGCGCUGGCGAAUGUGUCAAUGAGCCAGGGAGCUAUCGAUGCGCCUGCCCUGCUGGCUACAGGCUAUCUGAAGACAACAGAAGUUGUAUAGACAUAGACGAAUGCGAGACGGGAGAAGCUCCGUGUGCCCGCACGUCAGACUCCGGAAAUGUGUGUCAGAAUACAAGAGGAAGCUACCACUGUCACAAGAUCGAGUGCCCGACUGGAUAUAGACUAGAGUCUAAGCACCGAUGCACAAGAAUACAGAGAACAUGCCUGGUGUCAGAUUGGUCGUGUCUGCAAUUGCCCAGUACAUACAGCUAUCACUUCAUAACGUUCGUCGCAAACAUAUUCCUGCCUUCGGGAAGCGUGGACCUAUUCACGAUGCACGGUCCUUCGUGGCAAGACUCUGUGGUCAGCUUCGAAAUGAGAAUGAUAAGCGUUCAAGCCUCACACGGAGUGCAACCAACAGAUUUGCGAUGUUUCGACAUGCGUCCGUCGGGCAAUAUCUGCGUAGUGUCGCUAUUGUGCUCACUGGGAGGCCCUCAAGUGGCUGAAUUAGAACUGACGAUGUCCCUGUACCAAAGGAGCCAGUUCGCGGGCAGCGCUGUCGCGAGAUUAGUUGUCAUUGUAUCUGAAUACGAAUAUUAGUUUAGCAAAUAAGAACGAGCUAAUAAUAAACACGGUGUGUCUUA